GCAGAUCAUAAUGGAUACAUUGUAAAUUCUCCUACAUAUUGUUCUGAAAUCUGAGCACUGAGUUUGUGCAGAUCUCUUGCUAUAGUAAUGCAUAGUAAUUACCACCAUCUGUCAAUACGAAAAACAUAAGCUUCCAAUAAAUGUUAGUAAAUGCGAGCAAUAGAGAAUAUGGAUUUGACUUGUCAGAAUUCUAGCUUAAAUGCUGAAUAUUUGCUUAGUCAGUUGAAUACAGCCAGACGAGAGAUUAAUAACUUGAGACAGCAAGUGAAAGGUCUAAGAUAUAUACUUGACAAGGAUGUUGAUAAUAUUAAACGUAUCUUGGAAUUACAAAAGCAUGGAGAAAUUCAUUCACAGUCGAAAAUAAUAUCUUCAGAAGAAGCAAAGCCGGGUACAAGUAAGGAUCAAGAUAUUCUGAAAUUAAAACCUAUUGGUGUCAUUUCUACUUGGUUUCCCAAUAAAAGAGCGACUCCACGGCAACCUGGAAUAUGUAAAAAAGUUCCAGGAAAAUUGACGCUUUAUAAUUCUGUAUUCACGAAUCCAGAUCACGCUUUACAAGGCUUGCAGGACUUUUCUCACAUGUGGAUUUUAUUCCACUUUCAUAGAAAUGAUUCAACGCAUAUGCGAGCAAAAGUAGCACCACCAAGAUUAAAUGGAAUAAGAACAGGUGUAUUUUCUACACGUUCUCCACAUCGACCUUGCCCUAUCGGCCUAAGUUUAGUUAAGAUCUUGAAAGUUGAGAAUGACACAAUUUAUUUUGAAGGUGUUGACAUGGUUAAUCAAACACCUGUCCUGGAUAUAAAACCAUAUAUACCGCAGUACGAUAGCCCAUUACAUAUUGAGAAAUUAAGUAACAGGCUAAGAGAAAAUGAUGCGAAUGUUGCGGAGAUAUUUCAUAAUCUGGAAGAAACUCAGAAUUCAAGCAAUGGUCGAUCAGUUGACUCUUUUAACGAUGAUACAAAUAUUAAUAAUGAGCGAGUUGAGCUUGAUAUUUCCAGAGAUGAGGAAAUAGCUUUGCGACUUCAGGCGGAAGAAUUUCAAGCAUAUCCGACCCUUGAUGGCUAUGAUAUCACAAGGCAAUCUGCUCAAUUGAUGGAAGAUUAUGCUAACACUGCUGCUUCAUUGCAAAUUGACGAGAAUGGUGCAGAUAUACAUAGAGGAACAUAUUUUGUUCAAGAUGGAUCAUCCGACACGAGAUUAGACUUGGAUUCAUCGGCUGAGUAUGGUGCAACAUCGAUGGCUGAAUUGCAGACAGACUCUGUUAGAGAUCUGAACAGCAGAUUGCACGACGUAGAUAUAAAUAAUUCUAAUAGUUCGGAUUCAGCACGUAUGGAGAGAGACAAUGAUGAUGAAAUAAAUUAUACCGAAAAUCAAGCCUUACGUAAUUCCAGACUGUUAGAUGGGGCGGAUGGUCCAAGCACAGUUUGCGGUACCGAUAUUGAUUUGGUCAGUCGUCACGCAUUACAUGCAAGAGUCGAUAAUUCCCCAGUGAGGAUGGGAAUACGCGAAGCACCCGAUGGAGAGGAAGGAUUUGAAUCUCAGAGUCUAACACCUUCCCGAACUUUACCGGAUAUUCAUGCGGCAACAACUGUAUCAUCUGGACCAAUAAAUACGGCACUGGAGAGUAAUUUUUCCGAGAUAAGAAUACCGGAUUGGAUUUCGCAACCUCGUACAGCAACGUUAUCAGUAAUUUUCAAUGAACGCGCUUUAAUGCAGUUAAAUGAAAUUCUAGACGACAAGAUUGAUGAGCAAAAGCAAGCUAUAGAAAAUGUACUUAAAGAAGAUCCUAGAUCGGUGUAUUUAAGGCAACGAUGGGGCAGUCAGUUUUACACGUUUUUGAUACACGAUUUACAUAUCACAUGUAGAUUCGAUGAUAGUAGAGGUGUAGUUACUGUAUUUCAAGUACGACAUGCAGGUCGUACCUGUGAUUGUGGUGAGCCUGAAUGGCAAUGCUUAGGACAUUCACCUUUAUCUUAAUAGAUUUAAAAUAGAGUAAGCUUAUUAUAAAAAUGAACACGAAGGAAAAAAAGGCAAAAUGCUAUACCGUUGUAUUAUGGUUUAAAAAACAAAAUUUACAUUACAGAAUUGCGAUUUAUGUACUUUUAUGUUUUCAAUUGGAUAUAUCUUGUAAAAAAUAAUUCAAUCUUUUCGUAACAAUUAUUUAGCUGAUAAGACAUACGUAAUAAAAUGAAAAUAAUUUAAAAAUGAAUGAACCGUUUUAUAUUUAAGUAUAAU